GCUCUGGCAUCGCACCGUAUCUGAUCCGAAAUCCGGUCGCACACUGUUGGUCCGAGCCGGGUCACGUCAAACGGAAGCUCUGCACGGUGUGCCGGAAACGCCUGGAUGAGAACCAGUCUGCCGUUCACUGCAUGAUUUGCGAGUACUUUGCCCACGUCGAAUGCCAGGACUUUGCCAUCCCGGACUGCAAGGAGAACGCAACGUACGUGCCCGGGAAGGAGCUGGGAAGCGUCCGGCAUCAGCAUCACUGGCGCGAAGGCAAUCUUCCGCAGGCGUCCAAGUGUUCGUACUGCAAGAAAGCGUGCGGCUCCUUCGAAUGCCUUACCGGUUAUCGCUGCGAGUGGUGCGGGGCAACGGUGCACGGGGGCUGCCGGAACCACCUCCAGUCGUCCGAGUGCACCUUCGGACUGCUGCAGCCCAUCUACCUGCCGCCGCACGCCGUCUCCAUACCGCGAACAGAAGUGCCAAUGGAAGCAAUCAUAGGGGUGCAGAACAAGAGCAAACAGGUCACGCCGGGAAUGCAGCGGGAUUACUCGUGCCCUCGCAGCAUCUCAGAGGAAAUUGAUGCCGCACGCUGCGACGAUCAACCGAAGGCAGAGAGCAGUUCUGGCGGUGGCGGCGGCGGCACUCACUCCUCGAAGCUCGAUUCUGCGCACAAGAGUGACAAAGAUAAAGAUAAGAAAGAUAAGGAAAAGGAGGAACGUGAUGAAGAAACAAUCAAAGUAUUCGACGGCAACUGUUCAUAUCGGAGGAAAAUAUUUAGAGCCAUCACCGUACCUAGAACAUGCUCGUUAGAACAAUUACUGACCACCGCCUUGAGGGCCUUUCAUAUAGCCAGGGAUUCUAAUUUAUUUUUUCUUACCGACGUUUACGGCGAUGAAAUAAGACUACAAGAUCCGACACCGGUACUAAACUUGAACCGCGUGGAGGGAAAACGGCCUGCGAUUUACUUGCGAUUUCGCGAUCGGGAGAACGAUCACGGCUUCGUGAGAGUCUACCCCGGCAAGCUCCAGGUGGAGAACCCGUACGUGAACGUCCCGGUCGACAACGAUACCACAGUGAAGGAUCUGAUCAGCGAAUCGCUGAAGAAGUUCGGACUGCAGGGGCACCAGAUUGAGGACUACCGCUGCUCGGAGAUACUGCUGGACCGGGGCGUCACCGAGCGGGUCCUGUCCUGGAACGAGCGGCCCUGGGAGAUCAUGAAGCAGCUCGGGAAGGACUCGAUCCGGCAGAUGGAGGUGAUGCGGUUCUACCUGCAGCUGAAGCAGGACCCGCACGGACCCAAUCUGGCGCUGUUCGUCGGGAAUCUACCUCCGGGCCUGUCGCAACGGAACUACGAGCACAUACUGACUGAAUUCCUAGGUUUCGAGAACAAGUUCAGUAGUAUCGGCCCGAUCUACUACGAGUACGGAUCGCUAGUGAUAACCUACGAAAACGCAUCCAAAGCUGUUCGUGCAUUCCAAGCCUUGAGGGAAUCCAAGUAUGAAGAGAAACAUCUGCUAGUGUUGCUGUUACCGAACAUCGAGCCGAAGAUGGUCCCCGCUGGAGUCCAACCGUUGCUAGUAUUUGUCAACGUCAAAUCUGGCGGAUGUCAAGGAUUAGAGCUUAUUAGUAGUUUUCGUAAAUUAUUAAAUCCAUAUCAAGUAUUUGAUUUGGAUAAUGGUGGACCACUGCCUGGACUGUAUGUAUUCAGACACAUUCAGGAUUAUAAAAUUUUAGUUUGCGGAGGCGAUGGCACGAUUGGGUGGGUGCUUCAAUGUUUGGACAACGUCGGUCAGGAUUCCGAGUGCUCCAGUCCACCGUGCGCGAUUGUACCCCUGGGAACCGGUAACGAUUUGGCCCGGGUGCUCCGUUGGGGUGCCGGCUAUACCGGCGGUGAAGAUCCGCUGAAUCUGCUCCGGGACGUCAUCGACGCUGAGGAGAUCCGGCUGGACCGGUGGACCGUUGUGUUCCAUCCGGAGGACAAACCGGAAGAUGCCGCUCCGAAACCGCCGGCCAACUCAGCGGGUAAGAAGAAGAAAAUUCAACAACAACAACAACUUCUACUGACUCAACAUCAUCAUCAUCCCGCGACAGCGUUCAGCGCGAGUCCGACGCAAGUCGUCGGAGCAACCCAGAGCGAGGACAACUCCCAGAUCUUCGUGAUGAACAACUACUUCGGCAUCGGCAUCGAUGCCGAUCUGUGCUUGGAUUUCCACAACGCCCGCGAGGAAAACCCGAACAAGUUCAACUCCCGGCUGCACAACAAGGGUGUAUACGUGAAGAUGGGCCUACGCAAGAUGGUCGGCCGGAAGAUGUGCAAGGAUCUGCACAAGGAGCUGCGGCUGGAGGUCGAUGGCAAGGUGGUGGAUCUGCCCCCGGUCGAGGGUAUCAUCAUCCUGAACAUCCUGAGUUGGGGAUCCGGUGCAAACCCAUGGGGCCCGGAGAAGGAGGAUCAGUUCAGUAAACCGAAUCAUUGGGACGGGAUGCUUGAGGUCGUCGGAGUAACCGGAGUGGUACAUCUCGGUCAGAUACAGUCCGGUCUGAGAUCUGCGAUGCGAAUAGCACAGGGCGGUCACAUAAAAAUUCACCUACACACAGAUAUACCAGUUCAGGUCGACGGAGAACCAUGGGUUCAAAGUCCGGGAGAUGUGGUAGUACUGAAAUCAGCUCUCAAGGCGACCAUGUUGAAAAAGAUGAAGGGUAAAAUGAAGCGCCGAAACACCGAACCCACGAUGCAGGUGAUGGGACCGUCGGGGAUGCAAAUGACCCUGACCGCCCCGCAGGAACCGGAAGAGGUCGAUUCGAACAAUACCGAUUUCUGAAUUUGGUAUAACGAGCGAUUAAUUUAACGUGCUUCGUCGUUUGUUGACACUACCACAUCCACCAUGGCGCUAAUAACGGCUCGAGCCACCGAAAGGGCUCCACACCAUUCGGACUCGGAUCCGGAAUUAGAACCGGGUACCCCGGGCUCACAACCAUCUCUCACCACAACACCAUCCCCCUAGGACAGGAGAAUAAUCCAAACUUCUAAAAAGCAACCGAUCCCCAAUAGAAUUUUCGCUUUUAAGUUAAACAAUUCGAAAACUAUCAUUUGUCGUCUGUGAGCGACACAUGUCUCGGGAUGGGAUCUAUAGAUAUCUCAACUAGUGAUGACGAGAACGUCGUCACAAAUGUAGUUAUUUAGUGGAAAUAUUGGAGACACAUUUAUAGUUAGCGAUUUGAAAUCUCACAGACAGAACACUCACUUACACAGUCAUAUACUCACAUCGGCACGAACACAAACAAACAAAAACAAUGACACAUAGAAAUAAUCAAGCAAAAUCAGCUGUUCAAAAGAUAAACGCAAAACGUGCAGGAUUUACUUUGGAAUCCACAAAAUACCAACGGUAUCAAGCACUUCCCCAGCCCACCCUUACGUAAUUGUAGUAAAAAAAAAAAAACAAGAAAUAAAUUUGAAAACUGAAAACAAAAUCCUAGUACAAGGUCCAAACACACCUGCACUGAGAAAUACGAACACAAACACAUCCACACACACAUGCGAACCCAAUUGACAAAAGGCAAUCAAAACAAUUAGUAAAUUCAUUCACUCACACGUACACACCAAAUCAUACUGGAAUAUUCAUCGAGACGUAUAAAAAUGUUGCGAAACCACCUAAUAAAUCCAAUUCUAGUUUAAAAAAACAAGUCGGCGGCAUGUGACGAUGCGACAGGAACACAACACAGAAACAUUGAACAGGCAGUGCUAAUUUCGCUUCUGGAAACAGGCAAAAUAUGAUCAAACGAUAUUCAAAUCAAGCAAACUACUAACUGUACAGCAUUCAACCCCGUGGGAACAAAAAACUUUUGCCAAAAAAAAAACUAUAAUGAAAACAAAACAAACCAAAACUGAAAUCCUAUAGCCCAAUACUUAACGCGAAGCGAAAACAAACAAAAGCAAAGUAACAAAUCGAGCAAACGAUCAAGAAACGUUAAAUUAAUGGCUCCGGAGGAAUACAACAAUAACAAAUAACAUCCGUGUGUAAACAACCAAAGCAGACUACUUGAGGAACAAUAGUGCGCCGACAGGCACAACUCUAGUGCGCAGCAAAACAAUGAAAGAAUAACAGAAGAGGAAAAAUUCCUCUCAAUAGUAAUAUCAAACAAAGGAAACAUUGUUCAGCAGAGAAAGUGCUAAUUCUUACUCGAUUGGAAAAAAAAUGUGGAAGCAAUCGAAGAAAGAAAUAGCAAUCACUGGAACGUAGGAAGAAGAAAAUAUGGAGCAAAAAAAAAAACAAACCAACAAUGAGGAACACACAAUACGAAACGAUAACCUAAAUUUCGUAGCGGGAAAUUCGACAAUGCAGGAAUGGAACAAUACACACAAACACAAACACAAACACUGAAGAGGGUGCAAACAGCACAUUUCACGUACACAGUACACAGUAAGUUCACACUUUUCUUCAUUAUGAAAGUGUCGUCUUAGUUUUUGUUGUUUUGAAGUGUUUUCAAUUAUUCAAUAUUAUUUUUAUAGAAUCCAUCUACAAAACAGUAACUUCAAGUUAACGUAAAUAAUACAAACGAUUGAAAAACAUUUCAACCUACUUUGAUGAUGUUUUUUCUUCCAUUCACUAUAUAAGUUCAAAUGUUUGAGCUUCGUUCCAGCACAUAUUGGUAGUAUACACUCACUUACAAAAAACACACAUACACAUGAACACAAGACUCCCGUUUUGAAACACCACAAACACAAACUCGUCGAUAGAGAGAAAAAAACAACAAUAAGGGUACCAUGUUUUUAGACCGUACUGACUCAUGCAGCGAACCAUAACCAAAAACAGAGAGAAUGAAAAAACGGGAGCGAACAAACCAGGGUUCGAGAAUAUUAAACACCCUCAAAUCGUGCCGGAAAUUUGGGAAAACGAUCCGUUAUCUUCGCCGGAAAUGACGAAACGGGUGGUUUGAUGGAAAAAUCAUGAGGGAUAUCUAAAAUCUUUAACACAAGUAUUUAUACGGAAAAGUUGUUGACUAUAUUUACUGAGAUUUUUAUUUCUAUUAUUUUUCUAUACACAACAAACACAAACACACGAGCAGGUGACAACAAAAAAAAUGGGUAAAAAUUAAAUUUUCAAUGCAAUCACCUGAAGCUUCCAAACGAGAGAAAAAGCUGCGGAAGCGAUGAAAAAAAAUGGAAAAGUAGCUAAUAAUGCCGGGUGGGUAUGCAAAUAAUUAUAUUUGAUUGAGAAGUUAUGAUUAUUAGUGGAAAACCCUAGUAAACAAGGUAGGAAGCAGAAGAAAACGAAUAAAAAUAGGGAAACAGAAACAUAACAAAGUAAAAUUGAGAUGGAAGAAAUAAAACACUUAUUCUAAUACGCUUAUUGAUGAAAAAACAGAGGAUAAAACAAAAAAAAAAGAAAUAAACAGGAAUAAGAGAUACACUGAACCGGAAGGAAUAUUUUGAAGCGUUUUCAAUGCUAGCAGGAAGUGUAGCACGGUGCGCGUAUGUAAACCAAAGAAGCAGAAAAAGGUAGAAGACAUAUGAACAGGAGGAAUCAAUCUCCAACGAUAGAAACUGGUUUUGAACAAAUCUGCGUGAAAUAGGUGAGAUGCAUAUAUGUAUUGAUUAUGUUAUUUUAGUUCAAACUACGAAUAAACACAAACAAGAAAAACUGCAUUAAGUUACAAAACAAAGAUACAAAAAGGUGUUACGUACCGUAAGAAAAAAUGAAAAACAAUUAUAGCCGUAAAUUGUAAUUUGAACAAUUACGUUCUGUAUGGUAUUUUACCAAAACUACAUAAAACAAAUCUAUUGAAUAUUGUAGAUCAAAGCAUACCCAAAUCUAGUCACGAAACAAGGGAAACUCACUUGCCAAAAACAAAAUAAUAAAAAAAAACAAACGAAAAAUUAACCCCAAACUUGACAUCCAUUCACUCUAGAGAGAGCAUCAACGACGCAUACCAAAACAUUGAACACAAAAACAAAAAUAUUUUCACCAAUACUGGUCACUUGAAGUUAAAGUCAAAACAAAAAUUCAUUCACAUAUGCAACUAGUUUAAUAGUACAGCAGCGGGUGAAAGUAACCAUUCAUAAUAGCAGACACGAAAAAAAAAAGUUUCCUUUACCAACGAUAAAAACAAACCAAAAACAAAACUAUUAUUACGAGUAAACCUGACCAUUGCCGGAAACCGUGCUGCGAGCACGCCCUGGAUGGCACCACUCAAUGUUCCAAACGAGUCUCUCGAUCGACUCCGCUCCGAAUUCGUGAGUGAACAGCAACCUGUGAGAGCAUGAUCGAAGGUCUCUCUUUUACUGAAAAUUGAGUAUCGUAACUAGUGUCUCUAGUGGUGUGCCCAGCGCGGUUACGAAUGACCUACCUUGGGAAUGUUUAGCCAACGCACGGAAUCUUCCGAGACAGGAAGAUUGGAAGGUUGGAACAAAUGCCGAUUCGAUUUUAGCUUCAAGACAGGAAACAUCAGGUUAGGAUUCGGUUGAGCCGGAAAGUCAAAACGGAGAAAAAAAAUCUACUUAUAGGGGUGCGUUCCCUAUAACAUUCUCAGUGUCAUUCUACCAACAACCAGAGUCGCAUUCCCGAUGAGGGGAGUGCGAACACCAAAAAAAAACCGUUGUAUGCAUGUACGAAAACUCCCCGAUGGAAGAUGAACCUAUGGCUGAGGUCAACAAAAAAAGAAAGCCAACCGGACGAACCGAGUCUCGACACAUAAAGCACACAGCUAUACACAUUCAUCUAACGUCAAAAACAAAGUCAGCGUAUUGUAACAACAAACAAUCAUCAAUCCUCGGCACGGUCACGGUCGCCAUAUGUUCAUCUUUCCGCCUUAGUUCCAGUUUAGCAUUACUGAGAGAGCCUGUGUUCGUUAGGUUUGAGAAGCCUUAGUUUGAGAGAGAGAGAAGCAGCUUUAGCAACACUGCGUUACCACACUCUGGUCCGGAAUAGAUCGAUCGCUAACGCAGUGCAACGAAACGUUAUUCCUCGCUAUCCAGAAAUCUGUAGGGGCUCAGUGUUACUAGCUUUACGAUUCCGGAGGUGCGUUCGGGUGUCGAAUUAGGUUUCAGUGCGCUCGCAACCGAGCCGUGUCUAGGGUUCUUCGCCAAUCGGAAGGCGGUUUCUCCUGAGAACUCAGCUGAAGCAUUGCCAAAAGUUGGGGAACAAUCUGCUACAGACGCUCUCACCAUAGAUCUAGUACCACAUACACCUUUCUGGAUAGUGACAAAAUCGUUCGUACGCACUUUUUACAGUGCACAUAAUAUCAAAAAAACAAAACAUAGAAAUUCAGGUUCAUUGCGUACCCUAAGUUAGUCAAAACGGAAGAAUCAGUUCAGGUGUUCUAGGUUAGUAUAGCGUACAUACGGGAAAAGAACCAAUUACUUUACUCUUUCAGUUUCAAUUCAAUCCCCCUAAACCCAUGCUAACAUAACACACACACAAUAGUAAUAAUAGCGAAUACUAUUAUUAUAACUAUGAUGUAAUUAAAGAGGUAAAAGAUAAACAAUGACCAUAAUAUAUAACAAGUAUAUCUUUUAAAAAUAAAUUUAAAUAAAAAAAAUCUCAAGAUAGAGUUGAUGUAGUGUCGAGAAUGCAUAUACAUAUUACAGAUAUGAUUAAAGAAAUUUAAUUGAAUAAUAUUUUUUCGUAUGAACAAUUGAGGAAGAAAACAACCAAAACCACUAGAACUCUAAAGUAUGUCGUACUAUACCAAAACCGAAAAUAGAACAACAUUCUUGAAGAAAAAUCAAACUGUCAAGCAAAUUGCCGCAUUAUUUAGCGAAAUGAGAUGUAUUUUUGGGGCAACCAACGACGUGUUUUGAGAUCGAGCCUAUGCCAUUCGGACUAGUAAUUGCACCCCAACAUUUUUCAAGUUUCUUUUCCCGAAUACGACCCGUAACAGUCGCAUAGCAAAGGCUUAGUCCAAAUGGCACCGGUUUCAAGGGUCGUGCCUUCGAAAAUCUUCCAACCAUCCAGAACGAUGGUUUAUCAGCGGCAUUACGUAGGGCAUUCUAUAACAAGAAUCAGACUACAGGAGUGCGACCAAUACCAAUAUACUAUAACAAAAAUCGCGCAUCUAGAGAAGCCAAAAACGAAAAUUAUGAAUAACAGAGUCUGUCCACUUUCUAUCACCUAGUAGUGGACCGAUCUCUAAACUUUCCCACCCCCAAAUACGAAAAAUCAAAUGGAAGCGAGCGUUCGCAACAAAAAGUAAUAAUUAAAAAAAACGACACAUAAAAAUAUACACACGCAUUCAAAUCACAAUCUAUCGAAAUCAAUUGGAAAAGAAGAAAAACCAGUUGAGUUAACAGAAGUGUAACAAACAACAAUUAACCGAAAGGCAUCUCUCUCUUGAUGUUAUUCGUUUUCAAACCAAGAAGAAAAUAAAAAAAAGCAAACCCUGAGAAGCGCCAUCGAAAAAGAGAAAACUACUGAACUACGUGAACGUGUACGCGUUGAAGAGCCGUUUGAAAGAUCAUCAAACAUACCCGCGUUAAAAACGGCUGAAGCGGGGUGCAUUUCUAAUAUUUAAAUAAAAAAAAAAACACUAGCGCAAGCAAGGGUUCGUUGCAAGGCUAAUCUCAUAGAGAACGAAGUCGUAACGAGCUACAAUCACUCGCAACAAACCCAGCAUCGAAUCAAGAAAACCAAAAUCAACCAACAAAGCGAAAGUAAAAUCAAACAGGGGAAAGGCACACCGCUGAAAUAAAAGAACAAAAACAUAAAAAAUCCAAAAGAGAGUAUAGAACGGACAAAUAAGAGAGAGAGAGAGAGUGUGUGUGAUAGCAAGAGUGAAACAACAUUACAACACAUCCCAUCUUCUCUUCUUAACAAGUAUUCAGGUGGGAGAUUUUAACGGCCGACACAAGAACAAUAGGUUGCCCGGGCAGAUUGUGAGUUCCGAAAUGAGCAAAUAUCACCACGGCACACACGAGCACGAGAACUUGAAAAAUCAAACAACAGUCACACGUUCAUAUCUGGGAGAGAUCAAAUGAAAACAAUCUACAAUGUAUGAAACAAAGGGCGAGAAGGCACCGGUUGUCUUACUUCCGUUGUGCGUUCGAAGAAACCGGUGGCAAUCGAAAGGGACGUAAUGGAAACACUCUCACCUCUCUAUUCACCACUUAGAAAAGAAGAAAAAUUGAAUGAACAACAAAACGGUUUAAGAAACAAAAAAAAAACAAAACCAGAAGAGGAAAUCGUCACCACACACACACAUGAAUCGAUAAGAAAGUAUAAACAAAAAACUAUUAACUAUUUAAUAACUAUUAUUAAAAUGAAUUAUAUAAUAUAUAAAUAUAUGUGAUUAUAAAUAGGUUAAACAUAAUUUGUCAAUAGUAAGAACAAAAAAUAUAUAUAUACAUAUAUGUAAAAUUAAAAAAUAUACAAAAA